GGGUGCAUCCUAUGGGGAAGCAGGGUGGUGGUUCCCCCCCCCGCUCAAAAGCGAGUCCUAGAGUCACUCCACGAGACCCACCCCGGUAUAGUCAGGAUGAAGGCUCUAGCCAGGAGCUACGUCUGUUGGCCGGGGAUGGACGAGGAGAUCGAGAACUGGGUGCGGAGGUGCAGCAUAUGUCAAGAGUCACGCCUCAAGCCACCAAGCGCCCCAGUCACAUGGUGGGAAACCACCCGGAAACCUUGGUCCAGGCUACACCUAGACUUCGCGGGGCCCUUCCAGGGACAGAUCUUUCUGAUCAUGGUGGACGCCUACACCAAAUGGCUGGAGGUCAUUCCAGUAGCGUCCACUUCAUCAGCCGCCGCAAUACAGGCACUGCGGCGGGCACUUAGCACCCACGGCAUUCCGGACACUAUAGUCACUGACAACGGGGCGGCCUUCACCUCGGGGGAAUUUCAGGCAUUCCUGCAGAGGUACCUGAUUAGGCACAUAAGGUCGGCCCCGUUCCACCCAGCCACCAACGGACAGGCAGAGCGAAUGGUCCGAACAACCAAGGAAGCCCUGGGCCGGAUUGUACAGGGCGACUGGGAUCACAGACUAGCCGCCUUCCUGUUCGACAACAGGAUAACACCCAACCCGGUCACGGGGGUAAGUCCGGCAGAGCUCCUCAUGGGGCGCAAACUUAUCACCAGACUAGACAGGCUACACCCCGACCGAGCUUCAGACAUUCACGGGAACCCCGAGGUCAGGGACGCAACCAGGGGGUUCUUUGCGGGUGACCCCGUUUACACCCGGAACUAUGCCAGAGGACCCGAAUGGGUAGCGGGCCGGGUGCUGCGGGUAACAGGGUCCCGCCACUACGAUGUAUCGACAGAAGGGGGCCAGGUCUUACGGCGGCGCACAGACCAACUGCGCCGCCGCACUCUCCAGGAAGAGCCUGCGGACACAGAAGAGGCAAGACCCGGGGAAGAGCCAACCAGGGGCCGGCCGGAGGAUGCGGCCCCAACACCGAUUCUACUGACGUGA